GCAUCACCUUCAUGAGAAUAGAUUGAUGUUUACACGAGUGGUAGGAGUGCUGCAGCCAAUCAGUGGCCUGGAUUUCUCCCCGCAUUUCUUUCUGAGAGGCGAACAGCAGACAGGCAUUUGAGAUUCUAUAUAGCGGGAGAAUAUAGUGUUGGCAACGCUCUUUCAACCUCCGACAUUCCUCGACAUGCAGUUAUGAUUUUGUGGAAUUGACAACAAAGAACAGUGGAUUGGAGAAGGAUUGAGAUAUCAGUACAAAGAAACUAAGAGAGUCACCUACUCCAAGCAGUGUAGAGGGGGAAACCAACUACUGCAGCGCCAUGGCUGACCCAAUAAAGCUGGCUGACCCAAAGCUGGCUGAACUAAGAGACAGCAUGGCAGAUUUUACAGUUCAGACGGCCAAGCACUCCAACUCUCCAAUCUCCUCCACUCCCCUGCGGCCGCCCAGCGAACAGCAGUCCAAGGACCGGGCCUCCAAAAGGCUUUCCUCCGAGUCCAACGGGACCAGCGAGGGUGGGGCAGGGUCGCGGACGCCCGUGGAGAUAACCGCACUGGAGGAGUCGUUCCGGCGCUUCGCCAUCCACGGCGACACACGUGCCACAGGAAAGGACAUGCAUGGCAAGAACUGGUCCAAGCUGUGCAAGGACUGCGGCGUCAUCGACGGAAAAACUGUCACCCUCACGGACGUGGAUAUCGUCUUCACUAAAGUCAAGAAGAAAUCCUGUCGCACCAUCACGUUUGAUGAGUUCAAAGCAGCGGUGGGAGAGCUGGCCAGCAAGAGAUUCAAGGAGAAAACGGGAGAGGAGGCGGAGGGGGAGGUCUUCAGGAUGAUUGAGGGGAAGAAACCGGUCAUUAAAGGAGUCACGAGAGCGGUGGCUUCUCCCACCGUGUCUCGUCUGACGGACACGACCAAGUUCACUGGGUCACACAAGGAGCGCUUUGACGAGAGUGGCCGUGGGAAGGGGAAGGCAGGUCGCGUGGACAUGGUGGACACAUCCGGGUACGUCGCAGGAUACAAACACCUCGGGUCAUAUGAGAAGAAAGUCACCAAGCCCACCGGGCCCCCUGGAGGAGGGCCCCCUGGAGGAGGGCCCCCUGGAGCCGGGCACUCUGGAGGUGGGCCCCCUGGAGCCGGGCCCCCUGGAGCCAAACCAGUGUGAAGAAAGUAGAAAAGAAACAAACAGAAACAUAAGACCAACUACUAGGAUAAUACUUUUCUAAUGAAAGAACUCCAUGAAAGCACAACAAAAAGAUAGGAUUUCAUAUUUUCUCACCCAUCUUGUUUUCUUUUCGUGAGUGGGAUGUUUUGAGUUCCUCUCUUUUUUGUUGUGUGUGAGAACUGGAAAACUGUUUACAUCAAUUUUUACAGCUGGUACAUUCCUGACAGAUCGCAAGUUACUGCCAAAUGUUAAAAUGAAGCCACCAACCAACAAGGGAAACAACUGUUUUGCUCUGCAUUUUUUGAAACCUCUUCAUGAUGAUAGGCGUCUUCACAUAUGUAUUAUAAGCACUAUGAAUACCACCAUACCAAGAAAAACAAAUAAGAGGGAAGAAAGGGUUCGCCAAAUUAUUUAACAAGAUUGCACUUUGCUUUAGAUGGGCCAUAGCUUCUUUUCCCAUUUUUAGUUGAAGAAAUACAUCCUUAAUUUCAUACUUUUUAGUUAGUUGAAUGUCUAUUGGCUAAGUAGAUAUACUGGUAGGUUGUUAUAUUGAUCAAACCAUCUUCAAUAUCAACUUUCUGCCUUUCCUCUGGUCAAUGAAGUCUGCUGUAUGAGUCUUCAUCUACUGGCUGUCUGUUCUCCUUUAUACAUCAUCAUAGUUUACACAUAUUGACGACAACAUCGUUUGCCUUCAAUUGUUCUUAAAAUAAGUAAACCUUUUAAACAGGAUAUGUAGAAGUUCUGAGUCUUCCUGUCUUCAGCUACGUAUAUCAUAUGAAUGAUAACAUUUUAUUUUUGUUCAUUCUACUGUCAGAUAUCAAGUUUGUUAUCUAUGAGUCGUAACUUCCCUUUCUUGUGAAUCUUGCUUUUCUAAACGUUCUGUGAAGUUAUAUCGAUACUGUACCUUAUGUAUUUACAACACAAGGAGAAGAAUACUGCUAGGAUUAUUUCAUAUCCUAAGGCCACGUCUUGUCUGGUUCAUUCUGAAACCCUCAUCAAUUAUUUACACCCAACAUAUUAAACGAGAUAAUGGGUAAAUGACCCUGAAAUGAUUAUCUCUAAUCAUUCCUCUAAAUCACACACACCAAUUUGAUAAUAAUUUGAUAAUUUGAUAAUUUGAUAAGGCUCCACAGGUUGUAUUAGCUGGACCUCUGAAACUAAGAGGUGAGCUGGGUUGUUCAGGUUUGUAUUUUUCAAUAUUUAACUGAUAUGAUAUUGCCGGCAGAUUUCUAUAGUUGUAAUAUAUUGGUGGUAAGAGGGUGUAUAUUUCUAAACAUGUGGCCGCAUGGCUUCAUUUAAGACACUGACCUGCCUUUGUUUUUCUUGUCUUGCUGUAUCUUAUGCAUGAAGUAAUGGAAUGCUACUACUUUACCAUUAACAAUAUGAAACAGACGACAUAUUUCAGAGGUCUCAUUUCAACUGCUGUGUUAGUGACUCGGUUAUAGUGACUUGCUCUGCUCCUACGUUCUGGCAGAGUAGUCAGACCAAUGAAAUUAAACUAAAACAACUUCACUUUGACAGGAGGACCAAGUUGUGGUUAAAUUGUGAGUGUACAGAGACCAUAGAGAUCCUAUAAAUGACUAUGUUUAGACUAAGAAUAUCAAAAGGGGACAUUUGUGGCCAAGGAGUUGGGUGACAUUAUCAGGUGAUAUCAUUGACCGUACAUGCAGAAAAAAUCUAUAGCUUGGUGGAACCAGCCUGAUCGUUGCGUUCACUAUGAAAGAGAAUGAUGAACCAGCCUGAUCGUUGCGUUCACUAUGAAAGAGAAUGAUAAACCAGCCUGAUCGUUGCGUUCACUAUGAAAGAGAAUGAUGAACCAGCUUGAUCGCUGCGUUCACUAUGAAAGAGAAUGAUGAACCAGCCUGAUCGUUGCGUUCACUAUGAAAGAGAAUGAUGAACCAGCCUGAUCGUUGCGUUCACUAUGAAAGAGAAUGAUGAACCAGCCUGAUCGUUACGUUCACUAUGAAAGAGAAUGAUGAACCAGCUUGAUCGCUGCGUUCACUAUGAAAGAGAAUGAUGAACCAGCCUGAUCGUUACGUUCACUAUGAAAGAGAAUGAUGAACCAGCUUGAUCGCUGCGUUCACUAUGAAAGAGAAUGAUGAACCAGCUUGAUCGCUGCGUUCACUAUGAAAGAGAAUGAUGAACCAGCCUGAUCGUUGCGUUCACUAUGAAAGAGAAUGAUAAACCAGCCUGAUCGUUGCGUUCACUAUGAAAGAGAAUGAUGAACCAGCUUGAUCGCUGCGUUCACUAUGAAAGAGAAUGAUGAACCAGCCUGAUCGUUGCGUUCACUAUGAAAGAGAAUGAUGAACCAGCCUGAUCGUUGCGUUCACUAUGAAAGAGAAUGAUGAACCAGCCUGAUCGUUACGUUCACUAUGAAAGAGAAUGAUGAACCAGCUUGAUCGCUGCGUUCACUAUGAAAGAGAAUGAUGAACCAGCCUGAUCGUUACGUUCACUAUGAAAGAGAAUGAUGAACCAGCUUGAUCGCUGCGUUCACUAUGAAAGAGAAUGAUGAACCAGCUUGAUCGCUGCGUUCACUAUGAAAGAGAAUGAUGAACCAGCCUGAUCGUUGCGUUCACUAUGAAAGAGAAUGAUGAACCAGCCUGAUCGUUGCGUUCACUAUGAAAGAGAAUGAUGAACCAGCCUGAUCGUUACGUUCACUAUGAAAGAGAAUGAUGAACCAGCUUGAUCGCUGCGUUCACUAUGAAAGAGAAUGAUGAACCAGCCUGAUCGUUACGUUCACUAUGAAAGAGAAUGAUGAACCAGCCUGAUCGCUGCGUUCACUAUGAAAGAGAAUGAUGAACCAGCCUGAAUGCUGCGUUCACUAUGAAAGAGAAUGAUGAACCAGCCUGAUCGCUGUGUUCACUAUGAAAGAGAAUGAUGAACCAGCCUGAUCGCUGCGUUCACUAUGAAAGAGAAUGAUGAACCCGCCUGAUCGUUGCGUUCACUAUGAAAUAGAACCAUGAAAGAGAAAUGAUGAACCAGCAAUCAGGCUGGUUCCACCAGGCUACAAAAUCAAAUGUCAGCCAUUUGAAUUGUAUCAAAUGGAUGCAUAUCAAACUAGAAGGUUUUACAUUCUAAAUGAAAAAGACUCCUAUGCCAUAGAUACUACAGGUAGGUACAUAUGACUAGUGACUUCAUCAGUAUUGUUUGUGACCCUGGAACUCUUGUCUUUGAAGAAGUUUUAGAGAAACCUUUUUAGUGUAAACACUGUUAUCCUGACACUUUCUACGGCACACACUCAACAGAAUACAAAAGGCAGGGUAAUAUAGUACUGUGAUAUUUGAUGGACAUACUGUAUGAGGUGAAGGGGAUGAACGAAGAAGUAGACUUUUGUAGGACAUAUAUUUUUCCAGCAUAAUGACAUACUGUUGCUUUCAUACUGGCCACCCUACCUUAGCCUCUGCUGACCAAUAGGACUCAUGCGUUGAUUGAGAUCAACACCUGUUAACUAGUUGAAUCGUAAUCACUUUAGUACGAUUUGUCUUGUGUGCUUAAUGCCAAAUACUGUGCACCUUUUCGUGUGGAGAAGCAAAUCGUAUUUUUUUUUUUUUUUUAAAUAACUUGUUAAUGUACGGUUAUUGUGAUCUGGUGCAUGCUUUGUGUUUUGGUUCUUGUUCUCGAGACCUGUGUGUUCAUGAUUUGUAGCAUUGUUGAAAAUAAAAACUCCCCAUCCUGAAGAAUCAA